CUGUGCCUGACCUACCCACAAUGCAUUAGAUGAACUCGAACUGUUCGCAAACCUACGGGAGCUGAUAGGGGACAAUGCGCGCCAAGCCUUACUACCAUGGGGUGGAGCGCAGAGUGAAUCCUCUUAACCAGGUAAUCUGUCAACCCAUCUGCUGUUACAGUCACCCAACCCACGUCCACUCUACACCAAUAUGUCACUUCUUAGAUAAACUCUGUAACCCAGCACAAGACAGGAUCAUGCUGCUGUCUCCGCAGGCAGAGAGGAACUGGGAGGGWAUCUGCGAGGUGCUCGAAGACGUGCUGGACGAUCAGUCUCACAAGCAGUUAUUUGCUUUAGAGAUCGGCUCCGGAACAGGACAGCAUGUCAUACGGUUUGCACAGAAGCUACCUUUCGUUACCUGGCAACCAUCGGACAUCAAAGAGGAGUGCCGAGACAGCAUAAAGGCAUAUAUAGCUGCAACCCAUGUGAAAACUGUGCUGCAGCCAGUCCUGCUGGAUGCAAGCGAACCUUGGGACAAAUGGGCAGGUGUUUCUCGUAACUCCUGUGAUGUUAUUAUUGCCGUUAACCUACUGCAGUACAGCUCCUUCAAAACAGCACAGGGUGUAAUCAGUGGAGCAGGACAGAUCCUCAAACCAAAUGGCCUUUUGAUAACUUAUGGGGUCUAUGCCGCUAAUGGCGUCAUUACACCAAGCUGUAAUGAAGUUCUGGAUGAAGAACUGCGGAAACUGAAUCCAGAGUGGGGUCUUCCAGACCUUGAUGUGCUGAGGCAGCAGGCCUACGGAAACGGGCUGCGUUUGGAGAGAAUGGUUGAGAUGGAAGACUACUACAAAUGCCUCAUCUUUAGGAAACUCUGAAGGUUAUCCCUGUUAGACAUUAUUUAACAAAUCCACAGGAAAGAGGAGCACACACAAAAAAAUCACAACCAUAUUCUUUAGCAAAUUUUGGGUGGAAAAUUAUUGUGUUACUUACAUGUUAGAACUUUGAGAACAUUUUAGUUUAGUUUGGUUUGAUGUACAUAAUCUACCUGCAUGUCAUUUCCUCUCAUCAGGUCUGCACUUGUUUUGUUUACCACACCUUUAUUAUUUUUAGUGUUUUUUUGAUUUUUUUCAUUCUAAAUAUUGUAAAAUAACUGAAAAAUAGCUUUUGUAUCGUCACAUGCAUUUGUAAAAUAUUAAACGCACUGUUCAUGUCUCAUCCAUCGCAACUUCCUUGUUUAAAUUUCUUUUAAUUUGCAUUUAUUUGGAUGAACAUGAUGUAAAUUGAAACUUGUGAAUUUUUUAAUCCAGGUGGAAAAUAAGACAAAGUUGAAGCAAGUUGACAGUAAGAAUCUGAAGUUUAUUAAAUAUAUUUUUAAAAUUACUUUAAAGUCAGAUCAGAACGAUGGAAUUAAAGAAGUUCACACAUGGAAACUGAAGAGAUACAGAAAGUGUGAUACAUACAUGCAGCACAUUUUCAUUCUAUAAGCAUUUCCAUAUUUCUAAAAAAAAAGAACAAACAAACAAGUACACUUGAGAAAGAGUGCCCACCUGAACUUUCUUCGCAGCUCAACUAUUACACCAGAAUGACCAUGAAUUAAAUCUACGCUUGUUUCAGCCAUGUGAUGUUUUUACUUGGCAACAACUGACAUUUCAUUAAAAAAAAAAA